CAAGAGGCUGUGAAGUCAACAAAUACAAUGAGGGAGGAACAUGAGCGUGCAUGGAAACACUAUGGUUGCACACUCAUGUCUGAUGGAUGGUCUGAUAGGAGGGGACGCCAUCUCAUUAACUUCUUAGUGAACAGCCCAGAGGGCACUUACUUUUUAGAGUCCGUUGAUGCAUCAAGUGAAGUACAUGAUGCAUACAUGCUUGCUGAUUUGCUUGAGAAAAAAGUUGAUGAGAUUGGGAGAGACAAGGUUGUACAAGUUGUUACUGACAAUGGUGCCAAUUACAAAGCUGCAGGCAAGCUUCUAAUGGAGAGGAUUCCUACAUUAUUUUGGAGUCCAUGUGCUGCACAUUGCUUGGACCUAAUGUUGGAGGACAUAGGAAACUUGAAGGAAUUCAAGAAACCAAUUGCACGUGCAAGGCGUGUGACAACUUUCAUAUACCGACAUGGGAGAAUUCUUGCUGCCAUGAGAGAGAAAACUGGUGGGGCUGAUCUUGUGAGGCCUGCUGCCACUCGUUUUGCUACUUCCUUUCUCACAUUGAAGAGCUUGUACAAGCACAAGGAUGCUUUGAAGGCUUUAUUUGCAAGCACAGCUUGGACUGAUAACAGAUUGUCAAAGACAAGUGCUGGAUUGGAUGUGUAUAACAUUGUCUUCUCCACACAGUUUUGGAAUUCAGUAGAAGAUUGCCUUAGAGCUUCAGGGCCACUACUUAUUGUACUUAGGGUGGUAGAUGGAGAUGAGAGGCCAGCUAUGCCAGAGGUCCAAGCAUUGAUGAAAUGUGCAAAGGAAAAGAUCAAUCAAAGCUUUGUUGUCCAAAGAAAGAAGACUUUACUCAAGAAAAUCAUAACUAUAAUUGAACGGCGUUGGGAGAAACAAAUGGAUCACCCAUUGUAUGGGGCUGCAAUGUAUUUGAACCCAGGAAAGCUGCAUCCUCUCAUAAGAAAUGAUGAUGAUGCUACUGUUGGUCAGCUAAGAGGUUGCUUUCUUGAUGUGCUUGCAAGAAUGGUAGAUGAUGAGGAAACUAGAGACAAGAUCAAUUCUCAAGCAAUGGAUUACGAGUUUCUUAGAGGAGCAGCUUUUUCAAAUAAGAUGGCCAAAGAUAACCUACAAACUAUGACCCCACUUGAGUGGUGGCGUUCGUAUGGUGGUCGUGCUAUUGAGUUACAGAGAUUUGCUAGACGUUUGGUGAGUCUUUGUGCGUCUUCAUCAGGUUGUGAACGCAAUUGGAGUACCUUUGAAUUUAUCCAUACAAAGAAAAGAAACCGAUUGUUGCAUAAGAGGUUGAAUUCUAUUGUCUUCAUUUCCUACAACAGAAAGAUGAAAGCUAUGUUCCAAAAACUACGCCAGAAGAAGGGGAAAAACUUUGAUCCAUUGGUUCAUGAGGACUUCAACUGGGACAAUGAGUGGGUUGAUUCUUUGCAUGUAGUCCCUGAAGGUGGGCGUGGGUGUGAGUGUGACCUUACAUGGGACCUUGUGGAUAAUGCCAUUGGAGCAUCACAAGCAUUUCGUGGCCGAAACUUACCAAGAAGGGCCCAUAAUGUGUAUUCAAGAAGAAAUUCUGUUGCUGCACAAAAUAUGUCAGAGGCUGAAGAGGAAGAUGAAGAUGAAAAAGAUGUUCCACAUGAUGAUGCAGAAAUCACAGAUUGUGAAGAUGAAUCUAAUGGUGGCAAUGAUGGUGAAGAAGGGGAGGCACCCAAUAUCCCAGGAGAGUUUGAUGAUGAUUUUUGAGCGACGGGAGAGUAGCUAUUGCUAGAUUGCAUUAGCAUAUUUGCUGCAUUACUAACUGCAGCUAGUUACUAUUAAUUUUGCCAUUACAAACUAU